UGAGAGACUGACUGACCAGGUUCCCACUGUUUACUGCAAAAUGGCGGAGCGCAGGGAAGAUCCGGAGAGCGAUGACGAGUCCUUCGAGGUGAUGGACCUGACGGACUACGCCAGGCGGCACCAGUGGUGGAGCCGCGUCUUCGGCAACAACUCGGGCCCGAUCGCGGAGAAGUACUCGGUGGCCACGCAGAUUAUGAUGGGUGGUGUGACUGGCUGGUGUGCAGGUUAUCUCUUUCAAAGGGUUGGGAAAAUAGCAGCGACAGCUGUUGGUGGAGGAUUUCUGUUAUUACAGAUCGCAAACCACAGUGGCUACGUACAAGUCGACUGGAAGAAAGUCGAGAAGGAUGUAAAUAAAGCCAAGAAACGGCUGAAGAAGAGGGCCGACAAAGCAGCCCCCGAGAUUAACACGUUUAUCGAAGAGUCCACAGAGUUUGUGAAGAGGAACAUUGUGCUGUCUAGUGGAUUUGUGGGAGGAUUUCUGCUUGGGCUGGCAUCCUAAGGUCUCACGCUGGAGUUUACCUAUGAGCGGGAAGCUGAUGCAACUCUGAAGUAUUUUCUCCCACCUUGCGCCGGCGGGCAGGAGACAGUGCGCUGCAUCCACACAGGCGGGCAUUCAGCACGGCCCCACAGCUAUGCCAUGAUGAUACGCUAACCCCCCCCCACCCCCCCAAACUGUGCGUCUAUAGCUGGCUACCAGUGGAAAGUCUUAAAAAACAAAGCAACGCAAGACAACUGGACUAAUGUACUGUAUGGUGGACGGGCCUCUCGUCCAUCGCACUCCUAUUCUGAUUAUCAGCUCUAUAGGUUGACUUGUCAGCAACAGCCUAUGUUUGUGGCAACUUGAUUACACAAUCCUGUCUAUUGUGCUGCAUAGAAAACACAGCAUUUCCAUUAUGUGAAUUAUAAACACUGUAGGUACGUAAAAUAAUAUAGCUAUUGUGAAUAGGUUUUUCACUUACAAAUGAUUUAUGUAUUGCCGUUUCAGCGGUACAAUGUUAAUUGUAAAGGUUCAGUGCAAUGUAUCUGUUUUUGUGCCAAAAUAACCAAACAGUUUCUUUUACUUAUAUAAGUUCGAAUGUGGACAUCUAAAAUAAAAAGUAAACCUGG